GGACACUACUCCAUUCUUUUGAGCACGACUAUAUUUUGAAUUCCGUCGCACUUUCACCCAAACACAUUAAUGUUCUGGCGUGUGUGGGCAAUUAUGGUAUUGCUAAACUAUGGGACACAGAGACCGAGGUUUGAAUUUGAACCAUCAAACUGCUGCUUUGUGCCCUGCCCGUAAAAGCUCCCGCUGUGAGUUAUUUACCUUAUCUCUCGCGUACAGUUAUAACACUAUUCUAGUUUACGUGGAUUGGGUCAAGUCAGGAUGGAAGAUGGAUGACCACUGGAAACCAAUGUCCGUUGAUGCAUUCACGAUACGAGCCUGUGGAUUCGGCUACCUCCGUGGCCAUGCAGCCGUGCAGGUGUGUCCGAGUUUUCUUUUCUUGCUUCUAGCCUCUCUAUUUCUGUGUUGAUCUAUGCGCUUCAUGUGUUCACCUACAGAUCAACCACGUCAGGUGCAUUGCCAUGCGUCGGGGUUGCACUACCCUUACUGCGCAUCCUUUUCAAAUUAUCAUCCGAUGACCGUGGCAGAGAGGGCUACUGAGGAU